CCCUCUCAAAUCACUUGUACCUGACACGAGACGCCCACAGGAAAGUCAAAGACACACGAAGAGAGUCUUUAUAAGGGGAAGUUUGCAGUCUGCCACAAACUGAAAGCUGGACACGUCUGUGAACUUUUGUCGAGUGUACAUUUUCAAGGUGUUCAUCCUGACUGGGUGGAGUUUUUCCAGGGAAAGUGAAAGUUAGUGGAACAAGGACGCGAUCAUAAAGAUGCAGAAGGUCUCCGUCAAGAAACGACAAAGUGCAGGGAGUCAAGAAGCGUAUGAAGUCAUGUUGGAACCCGACGAUAAAGAGAAAGAAGACCAAGGCGGCUACAGUAAACUGCAGCAGCCAUCUGAGGACAUCUACGCCGAGGCUAAUUUUGACACUGCAACCAAGACACCAGUCAAACAGGCUCAAGGUGCCACGCAGCGUUUCCGUGUUGGAUGCUUGAUCCUGUCUCUGGUCUGCUUGGUGCUGCUGGUGGUCGUCAUCGUCCUCAUUGUCAAACUCGGAGCUGGAUCCACCAACGACUCAGCGGGCUCAUACAUCAUCAAUCAGUGCACGACUUGUAAGAGUGUUCAGGUGCCAACUGAAUCUCCCAAUGGGUGUCCCACCGGGUGGCUGAGGCUGGACCAGUCAUGUUUCUACCUUUCCCAUUUCCGGCUGAACUGGCAGCAGAGCCAGACGAACUGCUCAGGAAGAGGAGGCUCCUUGGCAGUGGUCAGCAGCCUGAAAGUUCAGAACUUUCUGACUCAAAAGGGCAAAGGCUUGAAGUACUGGAUCGGCCUGCGACACAAUGGGGGGACGUGGACAUGGGUCAACAACGAUGUUCUGGCACAAAGUCACUGGGGAAACAAUCUCGCCAAUGGGGAUUGUGGGAUGCUUAGCAGUGGCAAUCAGACGGAGAACAACUGGAUGAGAGGUUCAUGCCGGGCUUACAGUUACUACAUUUGUCAGCGGCAGCUUGAACAGCAAGCUGCAAACUACCAACACAAUGAAUGAUUAUUAUCUUUUUGAUACAUUUUAAUGCGAAUCCAAAGACGCUGCUCUUAUUGAAUGCUUAUACAGUACAGGCCAAAAAUCUUCGACACACCUUCUCCUCAUUCAAUGCGCUUUCUUUAUUUUCAUGACUAUUUACAUUGUAGAUUGUCACUGAAGGCAUCAAAACUAUGAAUGAACACAUGUGGAGUUAUGUACUUAACAAAAAAAAGGUGAAAUAACUGAAGGCAUGUUUUCUAUCCUAGUUUCUUCAAAAUAGCCACCGUUUGCUCUGAUUACUGCUUUGCACACUCUUGGCAUUCUCUGGAUGAGCUUCAAGCACACCUGUGAAGUGAAAACCAUUUCAGGUGAUGCCCUCUUGCAGCUCAUCGAGACAAUGCCCAGAGUG